CUGAACAAUGGAGACAGCUCUAAGACAAACGCCAGAAAAAAGGCAAGUCUUUUUUCUUACUAUAUUGUUGCUUUGGGGGGAGGCUGGCUCAGAGACAAUUAGAUACUCCAUGCCAGAAGAAACAGAGAGUGGCUACUUAGUGGCUAACCUGGAAAAAGAUCUGAGGCUCAGGGUGGGGGAACUGGCCACUAGAGGGGCACAAAUCCAUUACAAAGGAAACAAAGAGCUCUUGCAGCUGGAUACAGAGACUGGGAAUUUACUCUUAAAGGAAAAACUAGAUCGUGAGGAGCUGUGUGGGGUGACAGAACCCUGUCUGCUGCACUUCCAACUCAUACUGGAAAACCCUGUGCAGUUCUUCCAAACUGACCUGCAGCUCACAGACAUAAACGACCAUUCUCCAGAGUUCCCUCACAGGGAAAUGCUCCUAAAAAUCCCAGAGAAUGUCCAACCAGGAACUGUGUUUCCUCUGAAGGCAGCUCAGGACUCUGACAUAGGGAACAAUGCUGUUCAGAACUACACAGUCAGCUCCAACCUCCAUUUCCAUGUGGUCACUCUCAGUCGAGCUGAUGGCAGGAAAUACCCAGAGCUGGUGCUGGACAGAGCUCUGGACAGGGAGGAGCAGCCUGAGCUCACUUUAACCCUCACUGCUGUGGAUGGAGGGUCUCCGCCCAGGUCUGGGACGACCACAGUUCGCAUUGAAGUCCUGGAUAUCAAUGAUAACGCCCCCCAGUUUGUACAGUCGCUCUAUGAGGUUCAGGUCCCUGAGAACAGCCCUGUCGAUGCUUUAGUUCUGACAGUCUCUGCCAUGGAUUUAGAUGCUGGGAUACAUGGGAAUGUAGUCUACUCUCUGUUUCAAGGCGGCGGUGGAGCUUCUCAACCAUUUGCAAUACACGGGGUCACAGGAGAAAUCCGUCUGAGCAAAGAGUUGGAUUUUGAGGUAACUAACCAUUAUAACAUAGAAAUUGCAGCCACGGAUGGAGGUGGCUUUUCAGGGAAAUGCAAUGUGGCUGUACAGGUGUUGGAUGUGAAUGACAAUGCCCCAGAGCUGACUAUCAGAAAGCUCACAAGCCCUAUCCCAGAAAACUCCCUGGAGACUGUAGUUGCUGUUUUCAGUGUUUCUGACCCAGAUUCCGGGGACAAUGGAAGGGUGGUGUGUUCUAUUCAGAACGAUCUCCCAUUUCUCUUAAAACCCACUUUCAAGAACUAUUACACUUUAGUGACAGAGGGACCACUGGACAGAGAGAGCAGAGCUGAGUACAACAUCACCAUCACAGUCACCGACCUGGGCACACCCAGGCUCACAGCCCAGCACACCAUAACAGUGCAGGUCUCCGAUGUCAACGACAACGCCCCCGCCUUCACACAAACCUCCUACACCCUGUUUGUCCAGGAGAACAACAGCCCCGCCCUGCACAUAGGCACCAUCAGCGCCACAGACUCAGACUCAGGCUCCAAUGCCCACAUCACCUACUCGCUGCUGCCCACCCACGACCCUCAGCUGGCCCUCUCCUCGCUCAUCUCCAUCAAUGCCGACAAUGGGCAGCUGUUCGCGCUCAGGGCGCUGGACUAUGAGGCCCUGCAGACCUUUGAGUUCCGCGUGGGCGCCACAGACCAAGGCUUGCCUGAGCUCAGCAGCCAGGCGCUGGUGCGCGUGCUCGUGCUGGAUGCCAAUGACAAUGCUCCCUUCGUGCUCUACCCUCUGCAGAACGCGUCUGCGCCCUACACAGAGCUGCUGCCCAGGGCGGCAGAGCCUGGCUACCUGGUCACCAAGGUGGUGGCUGUGGACCACGACUCAGGCCAGAAUGCCUGGCUGUCCUUCCAGCUGCUCAAGGCCACUGAACCAGGGCUGUUCACCGUGUGGGCUCACAAUGGCGAGGUGCGCACAUCCAGGUUGCUGACCGAACGCGAUGCUCCCAAGCACAGGCUGCUGCUGCUGGUCAAGGACAAUGGCGACCCUCCUAGGUCUGCCAGUGUCACUCUGCAUGUGCUGGUGGUGGAUGGCUUCUCUCAGCCCUACCUGCCUCUGCCUGAGGUGGCGCGCGACUCUGUUCAGGAUGAGGAUAAGCUCACUCUGUAUCUGGUCAUUGCCCUGGCAUCUGUAUCUUCGCUCUUUCUCUUGUCUGUGCUGCUGUUCGUGGGUGUGAGGCUGUGCAGGAGGGCCAGGGCCUCCUCUCUGGGUGGCUGCUCUGUGCCUGAGGGUCACUUUCCUGGUCACCUGGUGGAUUUCAGCGGUGAGGGGACCCUGUCACAGAGCUACCAGUAUGAAGUGUGUCUGAGAGAAGGCUCUGGGACUGGUGAGUUCAACUUCCUCAAACCCAUGAUCCCCAACUUGUUGCUUCAGGAUGCUGGGAUAGAAACCAAGGAAAGUCCCCACUACAGGGAUAGCUUUGUAUUCAGUUAGUGGUUGUAUCUGGUUCAGUGAAUUUACUUUUGGCAAAUCUCUAGCAGUAUGGUUCUCUUCGAAAUUGAGUCAGUUUAUCUUUGUAUUGACAUUGCAAUCGAAGCAUAUUCAAGUCCUACAUUCCUAAAAUGCUUCCCCCCCCCUUUUGUCGUAUCUACUUUAGUAGUUUCAGGUUUAAUGAAUAUGAAGAACACAAUUUCUCUGUAUUUCAACUUAGGUUUUACUCAAGUAUUAGGUAACAAAGUAGAUUUUAUUUUACCUGUUUGGGGUUUUGUUUGUUAGUUGUUUUUUUUUCCAGUGGGGCUCUCAUUAUGGAGGUCUGGCUGUCCUAGAAUUCUGUAUGUAUGCCAGGCUUGUCUCAAACUGAUAGACAUCCAUCUCUCUCUGCCUCCCUAGUGCUGCUACUUUGCCUGUUUUUACCACAUAAUUUCAAGUUUUUAUGGCCAAGGUGUUUCAUAUUUUUCACUUCAUUAUAUUGCUAAUGGAACUUGAAUAAAGGACCUCUUAAGGGCCCACCAUCCAUUCUGUUAGUGAGCUCACUCACAGCUGAAGUUCCAUAUGGUUACCCUGAGUGGUCAAGUCUAACAAUUAACAUCCUUGUCUUCCAAAUUGUAAGCAUUCAGUUUAUUAAAAUAUUAAGACACUAGAAUUGUAACAUUUUUCUUCUUACGUGGCUCAUAUAUGCUAGAGGUUGUCUGCAUUGUUUGCCCAUCACAUACCUAGCACAAAUAUUAACUUUAACAAUAUCAUUUGUAAAAAUGUAAAGGGAUAACCUUAUUUAUCAAUAAUUUGUCACCUCUGUCACUAAGCAAAUGUGUCAGAGACUGAGGGUAUAAUCAGUGGUAGACCAUACAUGCAUGCCAGGCCCUAGGUAUACUUCCAAGAAGCAAAAGCAACAAUUAAAGAGGCAAAUACCACACCCAUUAAAUCAUUGCUUGGAACAAUACUGUUCAAAAACUAAUUUGAAUAGCAAAAGUAACCACUGAAAUCCUCCAAAGAAUCAAGAAUUUUCAUGGUUUCAUUUUAUCUUUUUUUAAAAUAGAUUUUAUUUAAAUUAAAAACAAUAUUAUUUUACAUGCCAAUCCUAGUUUCCUCUCCCAAAUUCCCCAUCAGUUUCCUCUCCCUC